ACGUCACCGCCAUUGAGCAGAAUCGUGCUCUAGGCCGGACAGCGGUGAUCCCUGUGAGGUUCCCCGGAGUUUAGCUUUGGUUGCGUCCAAUGUUUUGCUGAGCCCACUUCGCGAAGUUCUAAGUGCAGUGCUUCAACGGCAAGUAACAUUUCUUUCAGCGAGCACGAUGUUCGGUCGCCGAAGCUCCGUGACGGACAGUGGACACCGAGCGUCCAUGCAGCAAGUCGUGGAACCAACGCCGCCAUUGGCCAAACGACGCUUCGUGCACGGAGGAUUGCAGUAGCAUUUUCCUACACCCAGUGUUCGUGCCGCUGUGUGCUGUUCGUCAACGAUGGAAGUCGAGACGCAUGUUGAUAAAGACUGCAGCGCGCUUGGCAGCCUAUUUCAGUAUAUCGUCAAUGACCUGAAGGGUGGAACUCCAAUAUGGGAAGAUUUCUUAGCAAAGGCAAGCAAGCUGCAUUCUCAACUCAAGAUUACAGCAUCAGUUUCAGCUGCCUUCUUAGAUUCAUUCCAAAAAGUGGCUGACAUGGCUACAAAUACCAAAGGGGCCACAAAAGAAGUUGGUAAGGCACUGACUCGCCUUUGCCUUCGUCACCGCAGUGUUGAAGCAAAGUUGCGUUCAUUCACCACGUCAAUCAUGGAACAGCUAGUUAUUCCAUUACAAGACAAGCUAGAGGACUGGAAAAAAAGCACUCUACAACUAGACAAGGACCAUUCCAAAGAAUUCAAGAGGGCACGUCAGGAGAUCAAGAAGAUGUCAACUGACACCUUGCGAUUGCAGAAAAAGGUUAAGAAAGGCAGUGGAAAGUGGGAGAUGCAGCGUAGCCUGGAGUGUGCUCUGCAAGAGAUGAGUGACCGGUGCUUGCUCUUGGAGGAGGCUGAGAAGCAAGCAGUGCGCCGUGCCCUAGUUGAGGAGAGGGCCCGAUACUGCCUUCUGGUGGCCUGCCUCACACCUGUCUUGGAAGAAGAGCUGUUGAUGCUGCAGGAAACAUCCCACUUACAGGAGAUUUUGGACUCUUUGGCGAAGUUGACUCGAAAUCCUGAAUGCCUUCCCUCAGCCAGCGAGCAGGUCAUCACUGACCUGAAAGGGUCACAGGGCACCUGGACCUUCCAGACACCUCCAGGCUCUCCUGUUCACACUGGUGGCAGCACAAGCAGUUCCUUGGGUUCACGCAAAUCCAGCAUGUGCAGCAUCAGCAGCUUCAACAGCUCCUCCAGUGGAAGCACCAAAUCUCAUUCUCCCUCACAUCAGCUGCGGUGUAGGACAGCCUCCCAGCAGCCACCUGUGGGAGGACCACUACGGCUGUCAAGCGUGUCGUCUCAAGAUUCUGGCUUCACUUCACAGGAUACCCUGUUUUUAAGGCCUCCAUCCCCUCGAGGGACCAAUAUAGCUGCCCAGGUGUCAGGAGGGGACACAGGAGCAUCAUCACUGCCAGGAUGUGCUUCAAGCAGCCCUUCGUCACCAUUUCCUACUACACCCUCGGUGACUUCCACCUGGCCUAAUUUGCAAGACAGCCUGCAAUUUGAGCGGGCCAUGAAUUCAGUGCUGCGGUGCCAAAGACCACACACUAUCUCUUCUGCAUAUGAGCGAUCGGGCCACCAGGCAAGGCCUCUGCUAACAGCGGAGACGUUUCAACCCCUUGAAGGUGACUUACUGAGCAGCUCCAAUCACAGUGGCAGUGCUGACACACUGACUUCAACAUCAGGGGACAGCUCAGAUGGCCUGGAUUUGGCAGCUCAGUCUGCACUUGCUGGUGGUGCAAGGCCGAAGUCUCCCCAAACACCCACCAGAGGUCCUCGGCCACCAGUACCAAUCAGGACCACAUCAAGCACCAGUACAGCACCAUCUUUGCCCGAGAAGCCAGCUGUAUUCAGGCAAGCAGCCUCAGCUGGGGCUGUAGCUACAUCAUCAGAUGCACAACUACUAAAUCAAGUGACUCCUCAGCCGAUAUACGCAAAUGCCGACGACUUGGCACUGCCAUCUUCAACACUUGCAGGCACAGAUUCACCUCCAUUACCACCACCUCCUGUCCAGGAGUCAUUGCAGGCAAUUACAGCAUGGGAACCAGAUAACACGAUGCCUGUAAGGAGAGGAUCAGCAUUACAGGCACAUGAAGCCUACAAGACAUAUUCACCAAGUAAUGCCUCAAUGCGAUAUGAAGGGUUGUCCAAGUCUUCAACACUCCCUGCCAAGUCGAGCUUUCGACGAGGCUCACAGCCGCCACCACCUCCCCCUGUGCGACGGACCCCUUCAAUAACAAGCACUCACAGUUGUUCACCUUCAUCUCCAAGCUCGCAACACUUUCAAGAGCAAGCUACUGUGGAUCGUGGUGGCCAGUUCGUUGGUGAUAACGACGACGGCUCUACAAGCAGGGCUAAGUUGAUACAAGCACUUAAUGCCCGUUUCUCGAAUCCAAGUCCGCUAGAACAGGCCGGUCUUCGAUUCUCACUUCCAUCAAGUCACACCGAAGAUGGCUGUGGCCUUCCACUACCAGAUCCACCAGAUAUGUCCAAUUUUGACCCAGAAAAUGAUUCAAAGCCUUUUCCAGCUCCACCGCCAUUCCUUGAAUCUCUAGAAAAUGAACUAUCACUCGACACAGAAAGUGAGGCUGCAUGUACUUUCAGAAAGCAAGCACAACAUGAAAAAAAGCUUCUGCGUGCUCACACAAUUGGACACAGCGAACGUGAUGCACUUAUUCAAAGUCUUAAUGCUAAAUUCUCAACAUGUGAAGCAACACCCAUUUGUGAAACAAAGACAGCUGUCCGUAAAAGUUCAUUUUGUGAAUCAUCGUCUGCAACCUGCACUCGGCUUAGUGCAGAUGCUGCAAUGAAAACUGUAAAGGCGCCUCCCGAGAUGGAGUUCUUUCGAGCCAACUUGGAGCAGACACUUCUCAAACGAGAACUGAGGAGAGACCCACGAAACAGUGCUGCUGGUGGAACAGCUGAUUCUCCAGCAGAAAACCGCCGGAGCAGGUCUGUGGGGCCAGUGCCAUCUGGUGAGAAGAAAAACAACUCAGUAGAGCGACGACAGUUUCUUAGCAACCUGAAUGCUCGUCUCGCAGAACAGCGAAGAGUGUCACUGCAACCAGCUCAACAACAAGCUCCGUCUGCAAAGCAGGUAUCACAGUACAUGCAGCAAAUGACAACCUUCUCUACAGGGCAGACAACAGUUCCGGCACCAGUACAGUAUGUGCAUACAGCGACACCUACCCAAAUUCAUAACCUGCAAGCAGUUCAGUCCAUUGCUGGAAUGCUUCCCCAGACAUCACUUGCAACAACACGCCGUGGCUCCUUGCAGCCGGACGUUGAGUUUGGUUCAAGACAAAAUGGUGGGCGAGCUGCUCGAGUUCAGAGCUGGCUAGCAGCUCGUGGUUCUGUUGACCUGACUGCAUGCCGAGAGUCACUUAUGGAUCAGAUUCGGCAGGGCACAGUGCUGAAACGAGUUGCAUCACAGAGUGAUCGCUCAACACCGCUUUUGCUGUGACGUUACCUUGUGGUUUUCAUCUGGCACAUAUGAUGGAGAGGACACUGCGACUUUGUGGCAAUGACAUCGAGAAAGAUUGAAGCAGGGUGGAGCGCUUGGGGUGCCUUCUGUGCUGCUGUAGCUACUGUGCUCUCUGCAUGUUUCAUUCCUUGCUUUAAACCUUAUUCGUUGGUAUAUUUAAGUACGUUUCACCACAGUACUGAGUGUGUUGAAUAUUAUUUAUUUGCCUGAAAAGAGUUAUUUUUCUUUGAUGUUCAGAAUGUGACAUGUGCCACUUAGCUUGCAUAAAUAAUUCUAAGGGCUACCUGCUUAGCAGCCAUUAACCCAAAUGUCAUGGUCAUAUAUAUUUUUUUUUACAUCUAGGUCAUUGUAAAUCUUUCACAUAUUUUAGUAUGUUGUGUUGCAUUGUUUAUUUUCUUGCAUUUCAGUGUAGAGCACAUGUUACUAAGUGCAAUGGGAGAGUUCAUAUCACUAAAUUUUCUCUGACUGUGGCGUGGAUAUCUUGCAUCUCUUUAUAUCACUAGAAUUUUCGGGAUUUGUUUCUUUUACCACCAAUGUCAUGCUUGCCUUGUGUUUGAAGAGAGCUUUAGCCAUUUCCAACUAUUAUUCAUCUGUAUCUAAGAAUCGCAGAUCAGAUUCCUCCCUUACAAUGCCUGGGUAUUAUUAAUAGUUCUUUGACUGCAAAAACUCAGUGCACCAAAAAU